AUGCCGAAAGAGACAAAAGAGAAGAAGGAAAAACACAAGCGUCGUUCAGAACUUGGAACAUUAAGCGAGAGGUUAGGAGGAGGAAUGACCUCAGAAAGUGGACAAACUAGACUUGACACGUUAAAUGAACGGCUGGGAAUAACGGCAGAACCACCGCCACCAAUGAUUACAAUUGACAUUCCGUUAGAGUAUCCAGAAAACAACAUUGUAUACUUUCCAGACCUUCUAAAAGAAGCUGGUGUGUGGCCUUCCACUCCACCACGACACACAGGAACCGACUCGGAUUCUGACUCGUCAGAGGCCGUAUCCGACGGCUAUCAAACACUCGACAGAGAUUCUCCGUCGCCGAGUCCCACUCCGCCGCCUCCACAGCUAGAUUCUUCGCAUGAAAGUGAUCAGUUCUUUCGUCGAAUUCUUCAGAACGCCGAAGCGAAUGCCAGAGCGGAGAAGGAGACUAAAUCAACUCGCAGUAGAAAAAAAACUUCACGAGAGGAAAAUUAUGAUAUUUCUGACCCAUUCAUCGAUGACAGUGAACUGGCGCCGGCGCAGCUCUUCACUGGGGAAAUUCGUCCUUCCGUGGAAGGAUUCUUCGUUUGGAAAGGGCCGUUGGUUACCGAGGGUUCAGAUGGUGAAGAUUCUCAUGACAAUAAAAAAUCAAGUUUAAAGAAAAGAUCAGCUGCGGUUGAUAAGAAACCGCGAAAGAGGAAGGCUAAUACCAAUACAAGUGCUGAAGAUGAGUAUGUCACCAUCACCUCUACUACGACCACAUCUAUUACUACAACUAGCACCACGACAGCAUCAAAACCAACCUUGAAACCAGGACCAAAACUAAAAAAGAAGGCGGAAAUCUCGGAUGGCAAUAAUGAUGUUAAAAAGCGAGCAACAAUUGACGAUAAUGAUCAAGCAUCGACUUCAAAGAGUACACCUGAAUCAUCAUCCGUCUCUACGAAUCCAUUCCGCACGCCACCCCCUCCUCCAAAUAGAAAUGGUACUAUUGCCUUUAUUGUUAAUCCUGUUCCUCCUAUGAAAGAAGAACCUAUUAUUACAAUAGCUGACAAGGCUACAAUAACGCCACCUACAGUUAUGAGAUAUGUUCCAGAAGCUAACAAAACACCCGGUAAAACGCAAAAAACCUAUCCCGUUGAUCCAAUCCACCAUGAAGUACAAUUGGCAGUUGAUUUGUUUAAAGUUGAAAUCGCAAAAGUGACUCGACUGUGCAAAAGAACACUCUACCCUAACAAGAUUACCGAACUUGAACAACAAAGAGAAAAAUUAUUUAGUGAUCUUAGGGCCGAACUAAAUACAAUAAUGCCAGCGAUAUUAGCUCAAUAUGAAUUGAUGUUAAAAGCUGUCGACGAACACAUUGCAGCAUCGUCAGUUGGAAAUGGACAUUACUUUAAUGAGAAACGACUUGAUGGAGGCAGAAGAUAA